AUGGACUUCAGCGAUAUUGAAGUGGAUAAUACCUUUGAAGAUGUUAUUAAGCAGAUCAAGGUUUUCUUCUUUGAGAAGUAUGUCAAUUAGCCAGCCACCUCAGUCUACAUAAGGUUCACAGCAAGGUCCAGACCUAGAAAUCAGAAGUAUAUCGAUAAAUAAGCGUUUGAAUAUUUUCUGCAAUCAUUGGGAAUACCAACAGAACCACUAAAAACUAUUCACAAAGAUUUAUGCUUUAAAAAUAAGCUGAGCAAUUCACAAGAGUUUAUCAAUUCAAAAGAGCAAAACAAUGAUAUAAGCAUUAGUAAUUCUUAAUAAAUCAGCUUGUUCGAACAGAUUUACAAAGCAUUUGACAAGGAUAAUGACGGGCUUAUUUCAUGCAGCGAUUUCACUGAAACUUUAGAAGUCAUUAAAUCAGAGAUAAUGCUAAGACUGAAAGUAAAGAAUAUCAAUAAUAAUACUAGUAAUUUGAAUGGCAAGAGCAAAAUAUGUUAAAAUAAUAAAUCUUAGUUUAAACUAAGGCAAACUUCUAAAGAUUUAAACUUCGCUCAUUCUCCUUCAUAAUAAGCAGAAACAGCAGAAGUUAAAAUGAAAACAGUACAAGUUUAUGAAGCAGAUUCAAGAGGAAGAAACAAUAAACUCUCAUUUCUCAAAAAGAAUUAAUCUACUUAGGAGAAUAAGGUCAAAGAUGACUAGUUAAUUAAGAUACUUUGUGGUUCAUUGGCUUAAACAAUAUAUGAUAGAUCAGAUAACAAUGAGCAGGUCCGUUCUUCUUAGGCUGAUAUAAUGAUGAAGUUGAAAAGGAGUGAUAUGUUCCGGUAAGGAUUAGUGUCAAUGGACAACUUUAUCAAGAUUGUCAAAUCUUAUGACAUAUACGUAGAAGGACUAGUUGACUAAGAUACUCAAGAAUUUGAAGUGCUGCAUGAUAUGAGAGACCAGCAUAAAAAUCUGAUGAUUCCGCUAGCUGAGAUCAAGAGGCAACUCAACUUUGCCGUAAACUAAUGCAUAAGUUCUGAUGGUGAUGGAAAGGUAAACGGUUUUAACAUUAGAAAGAAGCUAAACAGAAGCAGAGAGAUGAGGAAAGCUAACGAAAAGGAAUAAAAGAGGAAGAAAUAUGAAGAGUUGAUGAAACAGUCAAACAUUUAAAUCCAUAAAUCUUAAUAAAGCGAUGAAAAUACAGGAGAUGAGGAGGGAGCUAUUGAUUUCAAUAAAAAGAAAUAGAGUAUUAUGCAAAUCAUCAUCAAUAAUAGGGAAACAAAUAAGUCUUAUAUCGAUGAGUUAAAUCAGCAAAGUGAUGAGGAAUAAAUCACUUAAAGUAAACUUUCAUUUUAUUGA